AUGUCUUCGCCUUCGCCGCCGGCGCCGGCGAAAGAGGAGGGUCGUGCCCCGACCAAGUACGUGCUGAUCACCGGCGGCGUCGUCAGCGGCCUCGGCAAGGGCGUCACCGCCAGCAGCAUCGGCGUCGUCCUCAAGGCCUGCGGGCUUCGCGUCACCUGCAUCAAGAUCGAUCCGUACUUGAACACAGAUGCUGGCACAAUGUCCCCCUUUGAGCAUGGUGAGGUGUUUGUUCUUGAUGAUGGUGGAGAGGUUGACUUGGAUUUGGGGAAUUAUGAGCGUUUCAUAGAUGUUACCCUGACGAGGGAUAACAACAUUACCACCGGAAAGAUAUACCAGUCUGUCAUUGAGAAGGAGAGAAGGGGUGAUUAUCUUGGAAAGACUGUACAGGUUGUUCCUCAUGUCACGGAUGAAAUAAAACAGUGGAUCCAGUCCGUGUCUUCAGUUCCUGUGGAUGGGCAGACUCGUCCAGCUGAUGUUUGUGUUAUUGAAUUGGGAGGCACUGUAGGUGAUAUUGAGUCAAUGCCAUUCAUUGAAGCUUUGCGUCAAUUAUCCUUUUCUCUUGGCAAGGAGAAUUUCUGCCUCAUACACGUUAGCCUUGUUCCAGUAUUGGGUGUAGUUGGUGAGCAGAAAACUAAACCAACACAACACAGUGUACGAGAACUGAGAGCCUUGGGUCUGACUCCUGAUCUUCUAGCAUGCCGGUCAGCGCAGCCACUAAUAGGAUCUGUUAAAGAGAAGCUUUCACAAUUUUGCCAUGUCCCGGUCGAGAACAUACUUAACAUCCAUGAUGUUCCAAAUUUAUGGCAUGUCCCACUUAUUCUUAGAAACCAAAAGGCUCAUGAAGCUGUAAUCAAACAACUAAACCUUGCUAGAUCUGCUGGACCACCUGAGUUACGAGAUUGGACAGAUAUGGCUGAGUCGUAUGACAACCUCAAGAACUCUGUUAAAGUUGCUUUGGUUGGGAAGUAUACUAAUCUGACAGAUUCUUACCUAUCAGUGGUGAAGGCUCUCUUACAUGCCAGUGUUGCCUGUUCGUUAAAGCCAUCUAUCCAGUGGAUUGCAGCUUCGGACCUUGAAGAUGCAACUGCAAAAACAGCACCAGAUGCCCAUGCUGAAGCCUGGGAAACUCUUAAAGGUUCAUCAUGCAUUUUGAUACCUGGAGGAUUUGGGGAUCGUGGAAUCUCAGGGAUGAUAUUGGCUGCAAAAUAUGCUCGUGAGAAUAAAGUUCCAUACCUUGGUAUUUGCUUGGGCAUGCAGAUAUCAGUGAUUGAGAUGUCCAGACAUGUCCUGGGCCUGGUAGAUGCAGACAGUGAAGAGUUUAACAAGGAUACACCAAAUCAUGUUGUUAUGUACAUGCCUGAGGUUUCAAAAACACAUAUGGGAAACACGAUGAGGUUAGGCUGCAGGAGAACAUUCUUCAGCAAACCUGAUUGUCUUACAUCAAAACUGUAUGGAAGUCCUCCACAUGUAGAUGAGCGUCAUCGUCAUAGAUACGAGGUCAAUCCCUCUUUUGUUCCCAUGCUUGAAAGUGCUGGUCUUCAUUUUGUUGGUUGUGAUGAAAGUCGAAAGCGGAUGGAGAUUGUGGAGCUACAAGAUCAUCCCUUCUAUGUAGGUGUUCAGUUCCACCCAGAGUUCAAAUCAAGGCCUCGAAGACCUUCACCUCCUUUUACAGGUCUAAUAAUGGCGGCCACUAAACAACUGGGAACAAUUUCGAAUACCACCAAUGGCUACGUUGGAGCUUCUGACUAA